UCAGAUUUUCUAUGGAAAAGAUUGAUUAGUGAAAGGAUGUGCGCAUUUGUUAUGUAUUGAUGAAAAGUGUUGAUGUGCAUGAAUGUAGUAACAAAUUUGUAAUUGGCUGUCAGAUAUACAUCUUAUAUUUCUGAUGAAGGAAACUGUUCAAUGCAGGCAUUUUGUUUCUUAUGUGAAAUGAUGUAGAUAUAAAUUGUAGGAUUACAUAUUAUUUCUUUUUUUACCGGCGUUUCCUGUACUUGCUUUAUAAAAGUUGUUUUCGUAAACGAACGUCCACAGUCAAAAUUUGGUUUUAUUACUUGUUUACGAAGGGUGUCGGGAUUACUUUCAUUUACAGCUAUGGCUGAUAUUGCCCAAGUUGCUGAAGAACUGGCUCGUGCUGUUGAGUUGACAAUGGACCCAUGUGUUCCACAGCAAAAGAGAGUGGAAGCGUAUGUGGCAUGUGAGCGAUUUAAAGAAACCUCUCCAGUUUGUGUUCAGUGUGGACUGUAUCUGGCACAACAGAAUAAUGCAUCACAUUUUGUACGCCACUUUGGUCUGCAGUUGAUGGAGCAUUGUGUUAAAUAUCGAUGGAACCAGAUUUCACAACAGGAGAAAUUGUUCAUUAAGGAAAAUGCAAUGAAACUUUUAGAGAGAGAUAUUGAACCACAGUUCCAAGAACAUACGCAUAUCAAGGACGCUUUGUCAAGAAUUAUUGUGGAAAUGGUCAAGAGGGAAUGGCCUCAGCAGUGGCCAACGUUACUAGUUGAGCUUCAGGCUGCGUGCACACGCGGCGGUAGUCAGACAGAAUUGGUUCUCUUUGUAUUUCUGAGACUGGCAGAAGAUGUGGCUCUGUUACAGACAGUGGAAUCAAACCAGCGUCGUCGAGAUAUCUACCAAGCACUCACAACCAACAUGGGAGAAAUAUUUGCAUUUUUCCUGCGCCUUGUUAGUGAACACUUUCAUGCUGUUAAGAAGUUGCGUGAACAGGGUCAGGAAGCAGAGUUGAAUGUGCAUGUGCGCGUAGUACAAGUUGUACUUCUGACCCUCACUGGCUUUAUUGAAUGGGUUUCCAUCAAUCACAUCAUGGCCAGUGAUGGACAGCUAUUACAAAUGCUCUGCCUUCUUCUGGGUGAUGAGAACUUCCAAGCAGCAGCUGCAGAAUGUCUGCUUCAGGUGACUUAUUCCUCAUGUAUCUUUGGAACAAGCAAUGUGACUUUUUUACAUUCAAUGGCUCCUUAGCUCCAUUUAUAAAUAGAGCCGAAAAAGCCUUGUGUUAGUCAUUGCACAGUGCACAAGGACUCACAGGCAGAAUUUUUAAGGCUUACAAAUUUUGUGUUGUUAAUGGUAUAUUUGGGUGUUUUAAGUUCAUAAUCCGUCAAAAUGUGAUUUAACUUGUGGGUUAACGUGCUCAGCUUGUACGUGGAUGGUCAUGCUAUCAAGUCCCACUUUGGUCACAUUGUUUUAUUAUUACUUGCAGUUGUAAAUAUGUUACAGAAAUAAUUGUUUUUAGUAUUUCUAUUUCAGAAACACCAUUUCUUUAUUACAUACUCUUUGUACAUCACAUUUACCAUUACUGUAGUUUUUGACUUACAAAUAAUAUUUUAUAUGUAAUUUUUAAGUAUUUUAUGAUCUGUGCACCACAUUUCAUGUACCAAGUUUCUACUGGUGCAUUAGUUAUUGCUGUCAAUCUGUAAGGUAAAGACAUUUCUUGUAAGGCCAUUGUGUUGAAGGUUGGCGUGGAAUGUAUGUACUAAAUUUUUUUGAAAAUUA